AAUAAAAUUUUAAUUACCAAAACACCCCCGAGCAUCCAGGAAUCCCCAUGUCACCCGAACGUUAAAACCGCCCUCUCCCUUCUCUCUUCCCUCGUACAUAAAGCUCCUUCUUCCCGGCGAUUUCCAUAACAACACCGCAAACACUCUCUUACAAACAAAUACACAAACCCCCAUAGCUUCUCCAUUUUUCCGAAGAAAGAUUAAAAUCUCUAGAAACAAAUGGCCGCAACAUAUAUAUAGAGGAAGUGAGCUUGUUGAUCUGAGCUCUCAUUGGAGAGUUCGCGUUGGUUGUGAGAUUUCAAUGGUGUAUUCUGGGGAGACAGGAGACAGAGUAAGAGGCUUGGUUAUGGCUAUGGGAACAGAGAGAUCGAAGCCACCGCUUCACAAUUUUAAUCUGCCUUGCUUGAAGUGGGGGAAUCAGAAGCACCUCCGGUGCAUGAAAGUCUCAGAUUCCGCUGCUUCCAAAGAUAAGAACAUCAGCAAUGGAAUCUCCACCGAUCGCCAGCGCAGUAGCCGAUCUCCGCCGUCUAAAUUUUUUGCUUCUGCGGAUUACGAAAUCCGCUCAUUCAAGAGACCAAAAACCAGAAACGACGGCGGCGGUGGCGAGGGAGGGAUCUCUGAAGUGAGAGAGAAACUGAUGUUCGAUUUCAAAACAGCGGCAGAUAAGAUGAAAGAUGCAAUUUUGAAGAAAGGCGUGCCGGAUGAAGAAAACGAUAUGCUGGAGGUUCCGGGGAGCGAGAAGGUGGAGGAUGAGGAUGAGAAGGAGCAAUCUCCUUCUCUAGUUCCACCGACGGAGGUUGUAGCGGAUAGAGAGCAAGAAGUUAGACCGUGGAAUCUGCGAACAAGGCGAGCAGCUUGUAAAGCUCCGAUUGCCAGAAAUUCAGUUACAGGGAAGGGCUUGAAAAUUGAGGAGAGGAAUGCAAGUAAUUUUUCGCCGUUGAGGAUUGAGGGUGCGAAAUCUCCAAGGUUGAGAGGAGAGAAAAAGGAUAAAGAGGAUGAGAAGGAAAAGGAGACAGAGCAGGUGAGAACGAAGUUUGCAUUGGCUCUCUCGAGGAAGGAGAUCGAGGAGGAUUUUAUGAAGAUGGUCGGCCACAGACCUGCUAGGAGGCCCAAGAAGCGACACAGGAACGUGCAGAAGCAGAUGGAUAUGCUCUUUCCUGGAUUAUGGUUGACAGAGGUUACCGUUGAUACAUAUAAGGUGCCGGAGAUCCCUGAUAACGGGAAGCGGUAGUAAAGUUAAAAGUUUCAAGGCUUCUUCCUGCUGACUACUUGGGACUCCAAUGAGCGGCAUACCAAAGCAGCACACCAUCCUUGCGAAUCACGGAUUUGAUUUUAAAAAUUUCCUGAUGAUAAUUGAGGUGUAAGUUCAGUUUCUGUGAAAUUGCUAAUUUUGUUCUCCUUAAUUAUGAUUCAUUUCUUCUUUUUUUCCUUAUCAGAAUAAUGUUAAUGUAAAGAAAGGUGGUUAGAUGUUCUUAGGUUGAAAAGCAAUGUCUUGUUUUAUACCUUGUCCAUGUAGGUUACACUUACCAUUUUGCUUUAGUUUGAUGAAUCCAACCGUUAACUCUGUUGUUAUUUGUUUAUUUUAAGCUAAAAUUAAGCAUCAAUAUAGCGCAUGCUCAUUUUUCUUAUAUUCAACAAUUUUCGUAUUAAUAUGGCAAAAUGAUGUGAUGUAUCUGGGAAUUUUCGGUUGGAAUUAUGAACCUGUUUAUGGGUAUCCUUAUGGGGCUUAACCAAGCCAUCCCUGUCUCUUUGUAUUAUUCUCUGUAUAGCUGAUAAGUCAUCUUAAAAGAGUUUAUGAAGUUAAAAGCAAUCUUAUUGCGUUA